CCCCUGAACGCACCGUUAGUUAGCCUGAACAGCAAGCUAGUGCUAACUUUACCUACAGGUCGUUUUGUAUACUCUAAAAUCAUUCUAUAAUUUAACUCUACAGAGUUAUAAUAAUAUAUGAGGGUUAGUUUAAUUCAGUGUGUGUUUUUAUACAUCUUCAUUUGUUGAAUUAAACGUGUUUAAUCGAUGAUUCGUCGACGUAGCUCCUCAUGCUAAAAACAAGCUAACGUAGCUUUAAGCUAGUUUGUGAUUAGCCUCCAUGUGCGCGCGCAGCAGCAAUGAGGUCCAAACUGAGCGCGCGGCAGCUCCUGCAGCACCUGCACAGGUUGCUGGUCCACUUCCUGGUCCUCUGUGCUCCGGUUCUGUACCGGCCCGGUGAGGCCUGUGCUGCCGGGGCACAGGACGGAGGCUCCAGCCCGGAAGUCGUGCUCCUCUGCCGGGCCUGCGGACACGAGCUGGGGACCGGGACCAGCAUCCACUCAGUCCCCAGCAGGCUCGCGCUCUCCAGCCGGAACCAGACCCUGAUCGGGGGUCGGAGAGUCCACAUCCAGCUCUUCGAAAACCCCCACGGACACCAGUUCGAGGUGAUCACGUUCAGGACCGCGGAUGUGAGUCUUCACUGGCCCGCAGACAAACACUUCUCCUGGUUCCCGGGGUUCUCCUGGACCCUGUCCACCUGUCCCAGGUGUGCUGCUCACUUAGGUUGGGGGUUCCAGCCCGUCACCUGGCCCGACACCAUCACAAAGACCAGGUUUGAGGAGUCCGAGGAGACCUUCUUGGCUCUGAUCACACAUCGUCUGCUGACUGAAGACUUUGCUUCAAGUUUGCUAGUGACUCCAAAAUCCUUCAUGAGCUGAUGACUGUUGACCGUGUGAUAAUCCAGGUGCCUUUGCUGCUACCUUUCCUUUUUAAUAAAUUUUCUAUGCACCCACUAAA